CUCUUUAUCACCCACAGAACAGAACAAGUACUCAAAAAUCCUCCUCUUUCUCUAUCUCCAAUGGAAGCAGAGCCCCAAACCAAAACGACCAUACCAAACCAGGAUGAGACCGAGACAGAGUCAACAGAGUUCGUGAAGAACCAGAAACGGUACCAAGAACUUAUCUCCACGUUUCCUCACGAGAAAGGCUGGAGGCCAAAAGAUCCCUUUAUCGAGUACGGUGGUCACUGGUGGCUACAACCUCUCCUCGAAGGUUGUCUUCACGCGCAAGAAUUCUUUCAAGCGCGACCUAAAGACUUCUUCGUCUGUAGCUACCCAAAGACAGGUACCACUUGGCUCAAAGCCCUAACUUUCGCCAUCGCCAAUCGAUCCCGCUUCGACGAUUCCUCCAACCCUCUCCUAAAACGUAACCCUCACGAGUUUGUUCCUUACAUCGAGAUCGAUUUCCCUUUCUUCCCUGAAGUAGAUGUUCUCAACGACAAAGGGAACACUCUGUUUUCGACUCAUAUCCCACACGCGUCAUUACCCGAUUCGAUCAUAAAAUCGGGUUGCAAGAUGGUUUACAUAUGGAGAGACCCCAAGGACACUUUCAUCUCCAUGUGGACUUUCCUCCACAAGGAAAAAUCAGAGCUUGGACCACUCAACAAUCUCGAGGAGUCUUUUGAUAUGUUCUGCCGAGGACUGUCUGGGUACGGUCCUUAUCUAGAUCAUGUCUUGGCGUAUUGGAAAGCUUACCAAGAGAAUCCAGAUCAGAUUUUGUUCCUCAAGUACGAGACUAUGAGAGCUGAUCCUUUGCCGUAUGUGAAGAAACUAGCUGAGUUCAUGGGCUAUGGAUUCACAGCGGAGGAAGAGGAGAAAGGGGUUGCUGAGAAAGUUGUGAGUCUUUGCAGCUUCGAGACAUUGAAGAAUCUUGAAGCUAACAAAGGGGAGAAAGAGAGAGAGGAUCGUGCUGCUGUUUAUGCGAAUAGCGCGUAUUUCAGGAAAGGGAAGGUUGGAGAUUGGGCGAAUUAUCUGACUCCAGAGAUGGCUGCUCGUAUCGAUGGAAUAAUGGAAGAGAAAUUCAAAGAUACCGGUUUGCUUGAACAUGGUAAAUGACUGUGUUCUUGUUCCGAGAACUGAUUGAUCUUUAUAUGCUUGUUUACAGCAGACGUUUGCUUCUUUUGUCACUUUGAUUCCAUAAUGUAAUUGUUAUUUAUUGGAAUAAUAAUCAAUCUUGCUUCUGUUUUAUACAAAGUGUAUGUUUUCUAUAAAAGGAAUGUGUUUUGUACUA